AUGUUCACUGAUAUGCUACAUCGUUACGCCUUGGUCAGUCAUUUGCUACUGGCCUGUUCGAUAGGCCAUAUUUCAACGACCGUGACUGGCUUUUACGAUAUAAUUACACAUUUUUUAUCAAAUAAAACAUGCGUAGCGAUCCUGUACAAUUAUUGUCUGAUGUUGUUCAUCUUUUGUUGUAAAAUACCAGUAAUGAUAUUCAUUGGUCAGCUGACCCGUUUGGAAACAGAGGAGCUUAUAGAGAGCCUGAGGAGCUACUUGACAGACUCUAUUCUGUUCCUGGUGCUGUCGAAGCCGAAACACCUGGGAAAGGAACUACUGGUUUCAGAUUUGAUAAGAUCACUUGCCAUACUGCUGGCAAUCAAGGCAUUUCACAUACUGCUGUCGAAUCGCCUGUCUCACAUGUUUGAGAUGGAAGUACCGAGUUUCGGCAGAGUGCUGAGAGUUAGUUCGUUCAUCUACGUGCUGAGUCUCGUAAACGUGUUUUUGAUAAACUUCUUUGUGCAUAAUUUGACAAAGAAGAAUACAUUCACAAUAUGGGUGAUAUUUGAGCUCCUGGGAAUGAUGCAGAGUCUGCUAUUUUCAACAAUUAAGUUUGUAGUUAACCUGGUUGAUUUAUAUCAACAAAACGGCCUAGUAAAUAAAGUAACGCUCCUGUUUUACGUAGAGCUGUUACAGGAUAUGACGUCUUUAGUAACGUUUACAACGUUCAUGGUCCUCUUCUUUGUAAACAAUCCUAUCAACAUUCCAAUAUACAUGAUCAUUGACAUAAUACACGUUGCUAAAAAUUUGACUGGAAGAAUAAAGAUGUUGAUAGAAUAUCGCAAGUUAUCGAAGGUCUUGAACUCAAGGUUCCCUGUGUAUACGGCAACAAAUUCAGGAGAGACCUGUAUAAUAUGCAGAGACGCCCUGGAUGAUAACUCGAGGAAGAUAGACUGCGGGCACGCCUUCCACCUCAACUGCCUGAAGUCGUGGCUCUUCCAGCACGCAAGUUGCCCAUCAUGUAGAACGCCAAUCUACUCAUCCUCAGUCACGGAGGCGCCGCUUAUCGACGUCAACAACAUACUCUACAACGUGGAGCAGAGAGUACUUAUCGCAAUGAGGAAGCUGAUGAAGGUGGGAGAGAUUAUGCUGGGAUUCAUGAUGGAAGUUCUCGUGAAGACGUGGCCAUUCAAUAAAGUGUUUAAGAGAAGACUAACGUUUAAAAAUAAGAUCUGCAAGGUGGUGUUGAUACUGUCAAAUAAAGUUAAAAAGCAAGACUCGUAUGAAUGUUACUUUUUAGACGAGAACAAUAACAUGGCGAGGUUGUUUGAGACUAUCAUGAGUAAAUCAGAGGAAGAUAGGAAGAAGGUUGCAGUGGCAGAAGCGAAGUUGAACUAUGAGAGUAGUGUCACCGCUAGUGGUAAUGUUGCUGCUAGUAGCGCCUUUAAAAGUGGCGGCAAUAGUGGUGUUAGCACAGGUAACACUGGUGUCAACAUGGGCAAUACUGGCUCAUAUACAGCUAAUACUGGAAUGAGUGAUGCUGGUAAUACUAGUUGUGAUAAAGGUAAUACUGGAAUGAGUGAUGCUGGUAAUACUAGUUGUGAUAAAGGUAAUACUGGAAUGAGUGAUGCUGGUAAUACCGGUACCAAUGGUGGUAGUUCUAGUAAUACUACCGACAGUACUGGCAUUAAUGUUCGUAAUACUAGCUUUAACGUUGGUAAUACUGGUAGGAGUAACUAUUCUAGUGGCACUACACCACGGAUCAGGGACACCAGUAGCCGCAGGGCCGAAGUAGUGGAUGUUGGUACAGUUGACGUUCAAGUUGCUCUCGAUGAUAGCACGACUGGCAGACGCACCGUUGGAACUAAUACACCCAGAGAUGCAGCAGGCUUUACCAAUGGUACUAGAGACCAACUAGGGUAUACCGAUACUCAUUCGAGGAGUCAGUUCACAGGUAGUAACACGCCUGAGAGCAGUAAUGCCGGACACAAUACACCCAGGAUUAACGUUGCAGGUCGCAAUACACCCAGAACCAACACUACUGGGCAUGACACUCCCUUAAGAAGUGUUAGUGGGCAUAGCACUCCCGGAAGUCAGUUACGAGGAGUUACGCCGAGGAGUCAAGCAGGCGUAAUUACACCCAGAAGUUACACUACAGGCGGAAUGGUGCUGAGAUCGAGGUCAAUGCCAUUCAUACACACUAACCCAAUAGGAAGCAUCACGGCCUCGCUGGAGUUAAACAUUAACGUGGUGAAUGUGAUCAAGAGGCACAGGUUUCAUCAACUGUUCUUCCUGGCGCCAAACUCGUCAAGUAGAGCCAGUAGAACAAGUAGAAAGAGUAAAACAGGUAGAACAAGUGGAACAGGUAGAACAAAUGGAACAAACACAUCAGUAAGAGCAGAUGGAACAGGUAGAACAGAUAGAACAAAUCUAACAGAUGGAACAGAUAGAACAAAUGUCUCAGAAAGAACAAACACAUCAGCCAGUUCAGAUAGAACAGGUGGAACAGAGUCGAGAAGACAGUAUACGAAGGAAAGGCUGCUUCUGCAAGAGAUGCUUAGUCUGCUUAACGAGAAGGAGACAUCGACGGAAGAGUGUCUGAAGGAAAUAGAAAGUAACCUGGUGCUGCUGCUGCCACUGUUCCUAGCGUCGAUGGGCACGAUACUGGGCUCGUUCACACAAGCAGCAAUACUGUCAGUACUAGGACCAGAAAAUAUGAGAGCACGAAGCGACACAGUCAACUUCACAAACAUAACGACGGAGAAUAAGAAAGCAGUGUACAUGAAGCUGGUGACGCGAGUAGGGGAAACUGAAAACAUAGACAUAAGCAGCAUAGUAGGAACCAACGAACCCAAAAUGUCGAUAUUUGAGGCACUCAAGGAGGAAGCAAUGGCGAGCAGUAACUAUGGAGUUGCCAGGGGUAAUGUUAGAGAUAACAGCCUUGCAGCUAAAGUUAAUCUGAACGCAAGUACGACCACGAGAGCCAAUAAUAUCGCUAACAUUAGUGACAAUAAUAGUGGCAACGCAGCCUCCACAUUCAGCAGUGGCGGAACGCCAGGUGCUGGCACAGAUGCUAAUGCGACUGGGGAAAGUGCAGCCGCUGGCGUCGCCACCCCUAAGUCAAGUCGCCAAAUGACACCAAGGACCUCUAAUUGCAGCAGCAGUACUAGCGCAAACACGAAUAUUUUUAACAUCUUUGGAAGCAGUAACAGCUAUUACAGCAACAGUAGAGAAAUUAACACGGAAGAGUUCACGAGUAACAACUUCAACAGUACCAACAACUUUAACAGCAACAACAACUUUAACAGUACCAGCAACAACUACGCUAGCAGCGACAACGGCGAUGAAGAAUACAUCCUCAUUGACGAAAAUUUAAUAAAGAAGGAGCACGUUAAGUUUCUGGUAGCAGCCAAGGAUUAUUCGUUUUUGAUGCUUAAGCUGAAGAAGAAGCACCAGUUGAACGUCACGGACCUGCUGGUGAGCCUGCAGACGAUACAGUCCGUGGUUAAAAACCACCUAUAA